CCGCCGCCGUUCUGAAAGGGGCAACGGCGGUGUCUUGUCUACCUGGUGUAGCAGAGGAGGAAGAGGAGAACGCGGUACCGAGGAACGCCACCAGUUCAUACCGGGUCACUAUCCCGGCUCUCGGUCCGUACAAGGAAAUGACAAAAGUGUGCCAAGAUUCUUGAUUAGAGAAGUGGAAUUUGAGAAAAGGGAUCUAACUAGGCUCAUGUUUUCGCCUGAUCAAGAAAAUCAUCCAUCAAAAGCACCAGUGAAAUAUGGUGAACUGAUUGUGUUGGGAUAUAAUGGCUCCCUGCCAAAUGGAGAUAGAGGAAGAAGAAAAAGCAGGUUUGCUUUAUUUAAAAGACCUAAAGCAAAUGGGGUGAAACCUAGUACAGUGCAUAUUGCCUGUACACCUCAGGCAGCCAAGGCAAUAAGCAACAAGGACCAGCACAGCAUAUCUUACACCUUGUCUCGAGUGCAAACAGUGGUGGUUGAGUAUACCCAUGACAGCAACACUGAUAUGUUUCAGAUUGGGAGAUCAACAGAAAGUCCUAUAGAUUUUGUAGUGACAGAUACUGUUCCUGGAAGCCAGAGCAAUUCAGAGACUCAGUCUGUUCAAAGCACCAUCUCAAGGUUUGCCUGCAGGAUAAUAUGUGAACGAAACCCACCUUUCACAGCAAGAAUAUAUGCUGCCGGCUUUGACUCCUCCAAAAAUAUCUUUCUAGGGGAAAAAGCUGCCAAGUGGAAAACACCUGAUGGACAAAUGGAUGGAUUAACCACAAACGGAGUCCUUGUUAUGCAUCCACGGAAUGGGUUCACCGAAGACUCAAAGCCAGGGGUGUGGAGGGAGAUAUCUGUAUGUGGGAAUGUGUUCAGUCUUCGCGAGACAAGAUCUGCUCAGCAGAGGGGCAAAAUGGUUGAAAAUGAAACCAACCAACUUCAGGAUGGUUCACUGAUAGAUCUCUGUGGAGCCACACUUUUGUGGCGUACAGCAGAAGGACUUUCACGCACUCCAACAGUGAAGCACCUGGAAGCUCUCAGGCAGGAAAUCAAUGCAGCCCGGCCCCAGUGCCCUGUGGGCUUUAACACAUUAGCCUUUCCCAGCAUGAAGAGGAAAGAUGUUGUUGAUGAAAAACAACCCUGGGUUUAUCUGAACUGUGGCCAUGUGCAUGGAUACCAUAACUGGGGAAAUAAAGAAGAGAGAGAUGGCAAGGAUCGAGAAUGUCCAAUGUGCCGGUCUGUCGGUCCAUAUGUGCCUCUCUGGCUUGGAUGUGAGGCUGGAUUUUAUGUGGAUGCAGGGCCUCCAACUCAUGCAUUCAGCCCAUGUGGACAUGUGUGCUCAGAAAAGACAACAGCCUACUGGUCUCAAAUCCCUCUUCCUCAUGGUACCCACACUUUUCAUGCAGCAUGUCCAUUCUGUGCACAUCAGCUUUCUGGUGAACAAGGCUACAUAAGACUUAUUUUCCAAGGACCUCUUGAUUAAUGUACACGUGUUAUUCAAGGACUGCAUAUAAAUGCAUAAAUUAAGGAAUUCUGGUUUCAAAUGAACUGUUGUCUUAAAAUCAACUAUAUUUCUUCUCUGGGCUUUGACAGUUUACUUUGAGAUGAAGAAUACUUUUAUUAAUAUUAACAUCAUUAUUUCAGUGAUUUAAGUUCCUCUGUAGAUAAUGAAAGAAGUUGCUAUGUAGAAAAGACUGGUGGUGGGUAAGUAGGAUAAAUGGGAGGUAGUUCCAGCUCAUCUUUUUUUUUUUUUUUUUUUUGAGAUGG